AUGGAGGAGGGGGGAAACGCGUCGAACCCUUCUGGUAUUGGCCAGCCGCAACGCAGUAAACUUUCUUCUACACCCGCAUUCCGUAUGAAUCCCGCCAACACGGAGGAGGAGGAUGUCGCGGAAGACGGGUCUCUCCUGUCCACCCGCGUGCUGUGCCGGACGUUACAGAAAGAACUGCACAACAUGGGCAAGGCCUUGUCGUGUCCGCUGUGUCUAUCGACGUACCGUGACGCCGUCACGUUGCCGUGUUGUCACGCCUACUGUCGGUCGUGUUUGACGCAAGCCUUGGCGACGGGCAGUGCGCGUCGGCCCCCGACCUGUCCGUGUUGUCAACAACGAACCGCGGGUCGACGGAGUUUGACGGACGCACCGAAACUCAACGAACUCGUCCGGGCUUACAAACUCGCCCUCCGGCAUUUCGGACUCGCCCCCGUACGCACUUGGAACGGUGUACCCGCAACGAUUCUCGGUGUCUGUGGAAGGUCGCUCAUCUUGUGUUUGUAUGUGUCCGUGUACAGAUACGAAGAAGCCUUGCCCAUGACGCAACUCGUACCCUCCACACCGGACGAGUCACCCCUCGACACGGUCGAUGUACACCAGCAUUUGCAAGCCGCACGUGUCUUUGCGCAGGCCUGGGACGGACCCGGCGACGUCCCCUACCGCGACGAACAGGAUCUCGUCGUGGCGGCCAACCGACGCUUCUUACUACAGGCUGCCGUCGCCGCCCAAGCCAAACCGCAGUCUUCCCGGAAUACUAACUCCACGACUCUUUCCUAUUCACAACUCGCCAACCAAGCCGCUGAACAGUCCGCGGCGGAUCGUAACGACGAAACCUCGCCGUGUUGGUGGGAACAACGGCACGAAAAGUCGCAGAGUACCGUGGUACGGUUUCGGUCGCAGGCGGAACCCGAGGGCCUCGUGGAGGCCUCCCCACCGCACACGACCGCUGCUGGUGCCAUUGCAUCAAUGCAAGCUGGGAUGGACGGUCCGUCCCUGCGUGACACCAAACCAACGGCUCUCGCCAGUCCAACCCAAGCACCAUCGACCAAUUCAGAACACGAUCACGACGAUGACGAUUGUACCGUGGAUCCCGACUUGCCGAUACAAAACGUGUCGACGUACGCCAGCUUUGCGCGGGACGUCCCGUCACCCGCCACACUCUGGCCCCUUUCCCCCUCCAACGCGGCGGAACGCGUACACGCACACGACAAUGACGAGCUUACCGUCGACCCGGAUACACCCACGAACGCGUACCGCAUACCAUCGCCCCCAACAAUCGCCAAGCUAGUCUCCACCGACAAGCUUUCCCCGGUACGUCCUCACGACGUGACCGGCACCACUGUCGAUACAACCAUGGAGGUCUCCAUGACAACGGUUACGUCAUUCCAUACAACGACGGACACGUCGCGGAUGCCAGUAGCGCCCCCUCCCGUUGGCCCAACUCUCCCCACUACCCGCCCACACUCGGGGGUAACGGAAUCCACGAAACCGUCUUCUCCUCCGACAGAGCGCUGGCAGAGAACACGUACCCCUUCCCCUGCCCACGUGAGACUCGUCGAGUCGUUCCGGGAACAGCGUUCAAACGACCUACCAUUAACUACCCUACCGGCACAGAACGGAAACGAUGCGACCGUCGCCGAGUCGUCUGACCUCUUCCCCGUGGGGGCCAUUGUCCAAGUGCAGCCGCGCACCUGGCCGGGCGUCAACAAACCCGGUGGUGUCGGCCGCGUCGUCACGGUGCAUACCCACGUGGGCAACGCUGCUGUUCAGUACGACGUGGCCUACGUUCUCGGCGGCCGCGAGCGUCGCGUCGAUGCCGUCUUUGUGGCGAACCAACCCGCAAAACUGGGGACCACUACGGAAUUGGUGUCGGCGACGCCAACGACUACGGAAUGCAUGCCUCGGAGUCGGGCUUCCUACCGAAUCAAACACAAGAGAGAAGAAGAAAUUCCUAGCUUUUUAUUGGAGCAGCUAGCCAAGGAAGGUUUCGAUACGAAAGGCACGGUUGCCCCCGUCCAAGAAAAUAUGGCCGAUGCCGCUGGUGCGGUAGAGAAUCAGAGAGCGGAUUCCAAACCGAUUCAGCAGCGCUUUGGAAGAAAAAGAUCAGCCACAACAGCGUCCAAAAGCAACCCUACCAAACGAACCAGGCGAAAGGAAAACGUUCACGCGCCAGCCCGUGCCAUGGCUACUUCUACAGCUCCGACGGUAAUCCCUCCAGAUCCUAUUCUCCCUAUCUCUCGGGAAGAAGCCUUGGUUCUGGCAGAUCAGUUGUACCAGUCUCGCAUCCAAAAGGCAAUCCAGUCCGGCGUCAUUCAUAGAAGAACUCCAAUUUUUGUGCAGUGAAACCGGGAGAGGCAAAGGUACGGUAUACAGCGUCUAUUUUGAAACCAUUCCGCUCGCUCUUUGUUCUCACGCUACGCAUUUUUUGUACUAAUCAAGUCAAAGUUGUCCUCUCGGAUACUAUUCAGUCGAAAACGACGACGCUAUGCUUGCUGCCCGUUGAUCCUCAUUCCAGCAUUACCGAGAAUGCGCAAGCCUUGACCCGAACCCUGAAAGCUAUGCAAUCGGCACUUGUAGGG